AAUAGUUUUAAAUAUAUGAAAACUUUUUUGUUAGUUUGUUAAUAAAUACAAUUUCAAUCAUGUUUGUGUUAACUAAAGUUGAUAACUCUAAGGAGAAAAUUGUUCUUAUGCGAAAUAAACCCAUGUAUUCCAUUGGCCGCAUUGGCACUGAUGUUCUGUUGUCGGAAGAUCUUAGUAUAAGCCGAGCACAUGUGCAUCUACACCUGCCAACCUCCGAGACGAGUCAGGUGCUCACCGUGGAGGAUCAGGGUUCUAAAUACGGCACAUUUCUACGUGAUGAAAUUAAAGCUAACAAAAAAAUGCAGGCAAAAACACCAACACCAUUGAAUGUUGGCGACAAACUGCGUAUUGGCGCGCUUAAGAACAUUUGGCAGCUGUCCCAGCUUAAGCUACAGACUACAACUUCUGCACUUACACAGCCUGAGGCACAACAGUUAAAUCAGCAUAUGAAGGCGCUGAAUGGAGAAGUUCUUCCCACCUGGACGGAUGAAUGUACACACUUGACCAUGAACAAAGUGACGGUAACAGUUAAACUGCUUCAUGCCUUGCUUGAGAACAAGCCCAUUGUCAAAGUGGAGUUCUGGCGGGAGCUUUUUGCGGCUGCACGUAGUAUUCACAUUACGAAAGACUGGCCAAAUCCGAAAGAUUUUGAGCCCGCUCACUCAGCAGACGUUCCUGACAUCAGUUGGCGUCCAGAGCGCACAAAAGUCUUUGCUCGAAAAACUGUUGUAUUUAUGAAUCGCAAACACUAUGAUGCUUACGGACCAGUAGUGGAAAAAGCUGGUGGCUCCUGCAAGGACCUUAACUCCGGCGUACGCAAAGCAUUCCUAACAAAAAAGGAUGUGAUGGUUAUUCAAUAUGUAGCUUCAACAGAGUCGCAAGCUACUGAAGCCAUCAGCAAUGUGCAAGAUAUUUUGGAGCAGGCUGGUCUACGUCUGAUACCUGAUUACGAGAUUGGAUUGGCUAUAUUGCAUUGCUCCACAGAAAAGUUCUGUAAUCCAGCGCAUAAAAUAUUUCCGCAAUCGUACCCUGCAACAGAAUCGAUGAACUCAUCCAUACUGGUGGCAAGUACAGAACGCACCCAAGCUAGCUGCACGUCCACAAAAGCCUCGGAGCUUGUCAUACCCGAGUCUGCAAUUUAUGCGCCUAGCGUGGGAAGUGAUAAGAUGGAUGAGGAGCCAGAGUCAGAGCCUCAAGCAGUAGCACAAACAUCCAAGCCUUUAGUUAUUGGCAGAGUUCGCAAAUCGAAAAAUUCGAUUUAUUUAGAUUCGUCUGAUAAUGAUGAGCCGUUGGCUAAGAAAGUAGCUGAACCAAAAUCAAAGCGCAAGCGCAAGAUUAACAUUAUAGAUGACUCCUCGGAUGAAGAAAAGCAGCAAAUGAAAAGAAAUAAACCUGCACCUGAGAGCAAAGUUAAAUCAAAGAAAAUUCAAUCUAUAAGCCUGGACUCUUCAAGUGAAACAGCUGAAGAGCAGCCAAAGGCCGCCACCAGCCGCAGGGUAACUCGUAAGUCAAAUAAUGUACAAGACCAGACAGCAGUUUCAACAUCAUCUCCAAGACGUUCCCCGCGUGGCAAACCAAUUGCACAGAGAGUAGUGUUAACUGUUCCGGAACAAGACAGUGAAGAUGAAGAACUCUUUCAAUUCAAGAAAAAGAUUCCAUCAUCUGUGGAGCGAGUGCCUUUGCUGCCAGCUGAGCCUAAUAUACAGGCUGAUAAAUCUUUGCGCAGCAAAAGUACUGAUCAGCCUGUUAAAAUAAAUGUGAACAAAUUUAUGGAAAAACCGCAGAGCCAAAGUAUAAGCCAGGCGGCAGCUGCACCAAGUGUUCCAAGUCAACCCAAGAAACGUUUGCGACUGGAGCAGUUAAACGAAAGCGACAGCGAUGACAACGACAAUUUAUUCAAUUUUAAUAACAACAAUAAUAAGAAACCCAGACAGUCCUUGGAGCAAAACAAAUCAGAUAAUGAAUCCGAUACUGAACUAUUCAGCUUUAGCAAGUCACAAGCACAAAAGCGUGUUGAAAACAGAAGCGUUGAGAUUGAUUGUAAUCAAGAUUCAGUUAGCACGGAGCGCCUUACGUCAGCAGAUGCGAAGAAGUCCAAGUAUAUUCUGCCCACGCCCAAGAAGCCAUCUCUAAAGGUAAAUGUAAGCGGCUGGUUGAGCUGCAGCGGCAAGGACUUCAAGACGGAGCCAGAUACCACAGUAGCAGCUGAAAUUUCAAUUGCUGCAGAGCCCGACAUCAAGCAGGAGCUGGCUGAUGAGGAUACUAAAAUCAAGCUGGAGCACCAAGAAUGGCUGGCGGCUAUUAAAAAUGGCAUACAAGUUCGCAUGUGUAAUCUGGAUAUAAGCUCGCGUCUGCAUGACGUAACGGAUGCAGUAAAUCUAGCAGACAAAACAGAUUACAGUGGCCGCAAGAACUUCAAAAAGUUUGUCAAGAAACAACCGCUGCAUCCACAACAGCUAGUGAUGCAGCUAAAGCGCAUGCAGUUGGCCGAUGGCAUGGUCACGAGCAUUUAAUAGACCCAGGAGGUGCUUUACAAAAAGAUAUACCGUUUCAUUAAUAGCUAAAGAAUCGUUUAGACCAGGCCCAUAUGCCAGCGUUUGAUUGCGGGGGAAAAUAAAUA